AUGAAAGAUCCUGUCUCAUAUGCUGUGAUUCGUCAUUUAACACAAAAUAAAAAUGCUCAACAAGAAUCUUCAACAGCAACUACAGUAAAUCUGACACAAAUUAGCACAUCCGUAUCAGCUUUCAAAGACAUAGCCGAUGAAAAUGUUUCUUUAUCAUCUGUUCUUUUUCAAACAAAGCCGGAAACGGAACAGCAACAAACAAAACGAACCAAAUUUGGAGACGCUCAAUCUGCGAUGGUCACUGCUGCUACAUCAGUUGCUGGGGGUGUGAGUAAUGUAUUUGUAUCUGCACUUACUGCCGUAUCUGGGCGUAUAACUGGUGCUUCGACAACAGUUACAUCAACACCAAAACACAUCAGAGAACAAGACGAAGAAACAAUUCUUGUAUCCCAACCAAAAUCCCCGUCAUCACCUAUUCUUAUCACUACUCGAGACAAUCUUAUUCAACGAACAAGUGCUCUAAUUAAAUCAGUGAAAAUAGCUUCAUCUACAUUAUCUCAAGUACAUCGCUUAGAAAAACUAUCUACGCAUUUGAUGACGCUUCCAGAAGCAGUCAUUUACAUUUCGCAAGAACGAUUAAUACCAUAUUUAUUGUUUAUUCGACGUCAAGAACAACGAAAACUCAUUCCAGAUAAAGUUUACAUAAGUGUAAUAAAUGAAUGUCUUUCUUUGUGUGGUUAUAUUUCGCCUCCGAAAGCCAAAGGUAUUCGUGUUCUGACUAUCGACGGUGGAGGCGUAAGAGGUCUGGUAUCAAUUAAAGCAUUGAGACAAAUUGAACACCUAUGCGGAGAACCAAUCUACAAAUUAUUUGAUUACAUGUGUGGUGUCUCUACAGGAGCUGUGAUUACAUCUAUGCUUGGUGCUUUUAAAGUUGAUUUAGACGAAUGUGAAGAACUAUAUAAACAUUUUACUUCCACAAUAUUUAAUCGUAAUAAAGCACUUGGUAUUAGUUCGUUAAUCACAAGUCAAGCAUAUUAUGAUACAAACAGUUUUGAAAAAUAUUUACGGGAUAGAAUGGGUGAAAGGUUGAUGAUGCAAAGUGCAAGAGAUCAAGAUUCACCAAAGUUUAGUUGUGUAUCGGCAUUAAUGUUACCAAACAGUUUUAAGUUAUUUUUGUUUCGAAAUUAUUCUAUAUUUAUGUCACCUAAUAGUCAUUAUGAUGGAACAUGUAAAUAUAAAGUAUGGGAAGCUGUGCGAGCAAGUACAAGUGCACCUGGCUAUUUCGAAGAAUAUCAUCUUGAUAGAAAUGUAUUUCAAGAUGGAGGAUUGGUUGCGAACAAUCCGGCGUCGAUUGCUAUACAUGAAUGUAAAUUACUGUGGCCAGGAGAAGAUAUUCAAUGUGUUGUGAGCUUAGGAAAUGGACGACCCAGUCCAGAUGUUGUUUCUCAGUCAAAAUCAAUGAGUUUGAAGCAAAAAUUAUCGUCUUUGGUCGACAGUGCUACAAACACAGAAACCGUUCAUAUUGUGUUGCACGAUCUGUUACAGCCACACAUCUAUUUUCGAUUUAAUCCAUUUAUGUCGGCUGAUUUUACACUAGAUGAAAAUCGACCAGAAAGACUCGAACAAAUGCAGCGUGAUACUCAAAUGUACAUACGUCGAAAUGAAUUUAAGUUUUUAAAAUUAGUUCAUCAGUUAACACGUUAUCGUUCGACAUUCCAACGAUUUAUUGAUCGAUUAAAAGAAUUUGAUGCACCAGUAGAUGACAAUAAUCUAAUAAGAGAAAUUCAAGACACAAAUGAAUUAGAUUUAUCAACGAAUGAUAAUAUUCAUGAACCAUCUACCAUUGAACUAUUACCCGACGAAUUGUUUUUGUAUAUUAUUGAUUAUAUGAAACCAUAUGAUAUUUAUCAUUCAUUGUACAAUCUAAAUUCAAGAAUUAAUGAUAUUCUUAAUGAUUCAUCAAUUCAUUUUUAUGUUGAUUAUUCUAAUAUAGAUAAGAAUGAAUUUGACUAUUGUUGUCAAACACAUGUUACAUCACAAAUAGCUAAUCGUUUAUAUUCAUUAAAACUUUCUAAUAAUGAAACAUACGGUGCAAUUACAUUAUUUAAUUUAUUUGUUGAUAUUGAACAAUUUAUUUAUUUAAAAUCAUUAAUUUUAAUUGAACCAUUAUCAUCACAAUUAAAAGUUAUUCUAUCUAAAUUAACAUCAUUAGUUUAUCUUUCUUAU